CAGACAAAAAUGAGUCAUUUGUAUACAGUUUCUUCAAAAAGUGGCGAUCAGUUGUGUCCAUUAGGUUUUCAUCCACAAGUAAGAUGGCCAACAAGAUGCAAGAGAUGUUUUAGAGAUUAUAAAGAGCAUGGCGCUCGAAGAGGGGAAGAUAUCGCAUCGUCAACCCCAAGUUUAAAUCGUGAUUCACUUGAUAAAUCAGUUCGAAGUUGGACGUCAACUCAAAAUUUAUCAAGCAAUGACACAGCAAAUGUUGUGGAAAUAACAGCUCCAAUUCGUUUAAGGCAGCGACCAUCAUCAUGGUCUUCAACCCCCGAUCUCGAUGAAGCUUCGAAAAAGUCGAACCCAAAAAGUUCCGAAGAAAUUGUCGUUAGUGUUCAAUUGCCUGUAAGAAGACGAAAUACUUCAUCAGGCUUUGAUAAUGUCGAAGAAUCAUUCACACUGAAACGUCCACUAAAUUCACCAACAAAUGGAAACCCUCCAAAACCUGUUGAAUUCGAUGAUGAUGUUGUCAUCGCUAAAACAGAUUCACUCGCUGAAAGAGUUCGGAAAAUGCAAAUGUUGAAAAGACAAGGAAGUUCCGAAAGAGAAUCAAGUCGCGAGGGUUCAAUUCCAAGAAGUGACGAACAAAUACAAAAAAGACAAGAAGUCCCCGACAUGCAACAGCCAAUUCGUAGACGACGUCAAACAGAUCCAUUACCUCCAAUUCCUGAUGACAAGCCACCAGCAAGAAAUCGAGCUGAACUGCCGCCUGAAAGUGAAAUAAGAGAAGAAAAUGAAAUGUUGAAGCGUGAAUUAGAGACAGUUAAAGCUCGUUGUGAACGUGCUGAACGAGAUAAAUCUGACAUUCUUUUAAGACGAUUAGCAUCAAUUGAUACAACAUCAAAUCGAACGGCUGCUGCUGAAGCUCUUAAAUUACAACAGAAAGUCAACGAAAUGAAACAGCAAAUGGAAGAUCUUCAAGAUGAAAAGAAAUCUUUGGCACAAAGGGUUAAAGAAAUGACAAAUGAAAUGAAAGCUCGACCGUCGAAGUCAAUGGAGGAACAACUUCGAAAUAAACUUGAGCAAGCUGAACGUAUGUGUGAAGCUUUGAUGGAUGAAAAUGAAGAUAUGAAACGUGAGUUGAAGAAUAUGGAAUCGGAAAUCGAUGAAAUGCAAGACAACUUUCGGGAAGAACAAGCAGACGAGUAUGUGUCGGUUAAAAAGGAACUCGAACAAACAACCAAGAAUUGUAGAAUUCUUUCUUUCAAAUUGAAGAAGUCAGAAAGACGAAUCGAACAGAUGGAAAUUGAGAGACAAAGCAGUGGAAGUAAUCAAACAAAUGUUGAGCUUGUGACUAAAAUAAAACAACUUGAAGAUGAAUUGAAAGUAGCAAAUGAAGUUGCGAGACGAUUGCAAACUGAAUCAGAUUCACAAACAACGAAAAAGAAAGCGCCAACGUUAGGAAAAAUUGGAAAAUCAACUUCCGAUGGUGGAAAAGUUUCAAGAGAAUCGUUGACACGUGGUGGCAGUCAAGAAGAUCCAGUUCAGCUUUUGAGAGAUCUUCAAGAUUCAUGUGAACGUGAAGCUGACUUGAGAGAACAACUGAAGUUUGCUGAAGAAGAACUUCUUUAUCACUAUCGUCAAUCAAAGAAACUCAAAAUAACAAAACCAGAACUUACUGAAAUUAAACCGAAAAAUCAUGAAAAAGAAUUGAAAAGUUCAGGAACACAAACUUCAUUUGAAAUGAAGGAGGCUGAAAGUUUACGCAAAAAGUCAUCGCGUGUUGAAGAAGAAAACGAGUCGUUGAUGAUGCAAUUGAAGAAAAUGGCAAGCAAAGCACGAAGUCGAAAGUUGAGUCCAAAUCCACCCAAACGAGCGAUUGUUGAGAAAGAUGAAGGAAUAUCAGAUGAAGAAGACACUGCUGAACUUAAAUUGCAACUUGAACUCAAUGAACAAGAAACUGCCGUAUUGAGACGAAAAGUUGAAGAAUUGGAAAGAGACAGUGAGACAAGUAAACGACAAGUUCAUGAACUGCAAGAAAAACUUCUCACCAAAUCAAAAGAUGCUUCAAUUCUAAAGAAAACAACGAUAACAAAAUCAUCAUCAAAAGACCCAUUAAGUGACAAGAAGAUUCAAGUGAUGGAAGAUGAGAUCAAUGAAUUACGUAAAAAGUUAAUUGAGAAAGAUCGCGAAUUUGAACGUGUUCAAGCAGAACAAAGUUUAACAAAAGGAAAAUCUAAAAUUACUUCGCUGAAAAAUAAAUCUAUUGAAUCACCUCUGACAGAAUCACAAAAUGUUGAUUUGAAACGUCAAUUACAAGUUGUUGAACAAGAAGCGACCGUUCUGAGAACCAAAACACAAACACUCGAACAAGAAAAUGAGAAACUUUUAACUGAAGUCAAGAAGCUUCAACUUACAUCAGCAAAAGGUUCUCUCAAAUCAUCGAACAGUGUCACCAGUAAAGAAACAGACAAGUUAAAAGCAACAAUUGAAGCUUUGGAAAAUGAACGUGACGAACUAAAAGCAAAGAUAAAGAAAGUGCUGGAAGAUCCAACAGAUAAAUUACCAGCAAGAACACCUAAAGUUUACUCAGAAACAAAGACAAAGUUGCAACUCAAAAAAAUGAUUGAAGAGCUGGAAGAAGAAAUCGCUGAAAUGCGAGCAAUUGCAAUUCGAUCUGGUGCGAACCAAUUGAAAAAAUUAGAAGAUGAAAACAAAAAAUUCACAACAGAACUUGCUGAUCUCAAGAAACAAAACGAUGAAAUUUUACGUGAAAAUAAAUCAAAGAACAGCACAGCGUCAUCACAGCUGAAGGAAGUUGAACAAAAAUUACAAAAAGCUUUAACAGAUAACAACUCGUUUAUUGAUAACAUAAAAAAUUUGGAAGAGAAACUUAUGAAAAAGGAUGCAGCGUACAAACAAAUGGAAACUACAAAAAUGUCAUUUGAAUAUCAAGUGAAAGGUGAGAAAGAUAAGUUAACUAAGAUGGAAAAGGAAUUAGAAAAAUUAAAGACUGAACGUGCAAAAUGGGAAACAAAAUCGCAAGCUAUUGAAGCCGAGUUGAAUAUGAGCAAGAAAUCGUCAGAAAAAGCGAAGCAAAGUUUUGAGAAAGAAAUUGCUAGCCUCAAAGAAAAAUCGUCACAGAACAAUGAAAUUCCGUCGAAGAAGCUUCAAGAAGUUCAAGAUAAGAAUAAAGAGCUUGAAGAGAAAUUGAGUAAAGAAAUCAAGAAAUAUUCGACUUUGACAGGCGAAUUUGAGCUUCUUGAAGAAGAGCAUGUGCUUUUUAAAGCUCAAUUAAGUAGCGAGAAGGAAAAGCUGUCGACAGAAAUUAAGAACUUGAAGCUACGAACGGAAGAAUUGGAAGAUGCUGAAGUCAAAUUCAAGCGUGAAAAAACAGAUUUAACUAAAAAGGUUUCUGAUCUUCAACGAAAACUGACAGAAGCAGAACACAACAAUGCAAGAACGUCAUCGACAUCAUUUGACUUAGAACGAAGCCGUCUUAAAUCGAAGUUAGAACAAAAAGAAACUGAAUACAAUAAACUAUUAAAAGAACAUGAAGUGAACGUCGAUCAAUUCUCAACAUUGCGAAAAGAUAAUGAAGACUUAAGAAGGAAACUUGACGAUUUUGAACGAAUCAAUAAAGCCCAAAGAACUUUAAAUGAUCACAACGCAACUCUAGAAAAUGAACUUAAAAAGCUUAAAUUGAAAUUGGAGACGACAGAAAUGGCUGUAAAAUCUGAAGUAGCUUCGACAAGAUUACGUUAUGAAACACAAAUUAAUACACUUCAAAAUGAACUUUCUUCGAUUCAUCGACAAUGUGAAAGAUUCAAGAAGGAUCGUGAUUCAUUCAAGCAGCUUUUAGAAGCAGCACAAAAGAAUAUUGGGGAGUUGAAGCAAAAUCGAAAGAGUUACACAUCAACAUCAAGUGGGGAUGAAGACGAUAAAUCAAAGAUUCAGCUGUUGGAACAACAAUGUGGUUGCUUAGAAGAUGAAUUAAGUGAAUCACGAUUAGAAGCGAGCAAGCUUAGAACUGAAUUAAUUUCUGAUAAAAGUGCUUUCGAGAUUAAACUUUCGGAGAUGCAAUCAAAGAUGAAUGAAUACGAGGAAGAAAGAAUUUUGGGAAGUUCAAAGGUUCCUGGAACUAAAUCAAGACUUGAACUCACGUGGCAGAAAGAACGAGAAGAUCAACAACGACUUUUAGCAGAAACUUCAACAUUGGCGCGUGAUUUACGUCAAACAUUAUUCGAAGUUGAAAGAGAAAGAGACAAAGAACGACUCGAAUCUCGACGAAAAAUCGAUCAAGUUAAAAAAGCUACUGAAGAAGAACUUGAAGAAGGUCGCAGAAAGAUUUCUGAGUUACAAAGCGAUUUAUUGGAACUUCGAGAUGCGCAUGCAAAACUCAGAACAGCUAAUGAGAAACUUCGCCGUGAUCGUGAUCGAUAUGACAGAGAACGUGAGUCAGGCAGUAAGAGAAGACUUGAACAAGUUGGUGAAAAGAAAGUUGGAGCUUUACUACAACAAGUUGACGAGCUUGUAAAGAUUGCUCCUGAACUUCAACAUUUAUCCAAAGAAGCCCAAACACAACCGACACUUUCCAUUCCAAAUCCCCCUCAUCGAUCUAAAAGUCGCAGCCCUUCCCCAGCGCCUGCUUCAUCUUCUUCCACUAUGCAAAUUUCUACAGUAUUAGCACGUUUAUCUGAAGCUUCUGAUGAACUAAGACGUUAUCAACGGAUAUGUGAUGAAGAAAGAGAACGAGAACGUGCAAGAAGAAGUGGAAUGAGACGAGCUGCAUCACAAGAAAAUGAAAAUGGAAUCGACACUGUAACAAAUCGCCCAACCAUGAGAUUACAACGAUCGUCACAAGGAAGUUUAUAUCGCAAGAGUUUAUCACUUGAUCAAUCGAUGCAAUCAGAACAACAACAGAUUUGGGCGAAAGACAGUGACGUUGGGUCAAUGUCAUCAGUACAAUCAAUUGAUUCGGAAUAUGGAAUAAGACGUGGGGAUUCAAGUAUGGAUUCUCGAUUAUCAGCUGGUUCAACUCAAAGCGACAUGACCGGUCGAAGGAAGAAGAAGAAAGGAAUCAUGGGAAAACUUAGAAGCUUAACAAAAGGCAGUCGGGGUGCUGAAAGUGAUGCAUCGAACCGAGGAUCUGAUUCUGAUGUUAGUUUAGCUGGUGAUCGAUCAAGCAAGAAAGACUUAAAAGAAAGAAUCUCUGGAAUGUUCAAGAGAGCUGGAAGUUCGAGUCGAUCUGGAAGUCGUGCAGGAAGUCAAGAAAAAAUCCUAAACGAUUCUCAAUUGCGUCCAAUUUCAAUUGCAAAUUCAAAUGGUUCAUCAAACACCUUACCACAUAACUUUUCUUUACAGCAAUCGUCUGCUCCAGUUCAAACUUCAACGUUACCCGCAAAAGGAAAACCACCAACGCCAACAACCACUAGAAAGUUAAAGACAACGACAACAAAAUCUAAAAUGCAAGCAAAGAAAAAACGAGGCAAAAAGUCAAAUCAGAAAAUCAAAGAUUUAAUUUUAGCGAAAAACGAGAAUGAAAGUAACAACAGUAAAAACAAACACCAGCAAUCGAAUCAAGCACCAAAAAAGCAACAAUCGAAGCACAUCCCGUCAAAUAGUUCCUCUAAUGAGACAGGUGGUGAACAGCACCAUCAAAUCAGAAGUGAUGAUGAUCCAAUUGAUGAUCAAGCGUAUUCAAGUGAGGAGGAAGAGCAAGAAUCGCGAGGAGAUUAUCGUCGAGGAGGAUAUCAUCCAGUUAAAAUUGGAGAUCUUUUCCUUCAACGUUAUCACGUUAUUCGUAAGAUUGGUUGGGGCCAUUUUUCGACAGUUUGGCUUUGUUGGGAUCUCGAAGACAAACGCUAUGCAGCACUUAAAAUUGUAAAAUCUGCCGCAAACUUUACUGAAACAGCAAAAGAUGAGAUUAAAAUAUUGAAAGCCGUUCGUGAUACAGAUCCACUCGAUCCCAAACGCAAUAAAACUGUUCAGCUUCUGAAUGAUUUUAAAAUCUCAGGUGUAAACGGUACACAUGUCUGCAUGGUGUUUGAAGUUCUUGGUCAUAAUCUGCUCAAGUUAAUCAUAAAAUCUCAAUAUCGUGGAAUUCCGUAUGAGAAUGUCAAAACAAUCAUUCGUCAAGUUCUCGAAGGUUUGGAUUAUCUUCAUACUAAAUGCCAAAUCAUUCAUACUGAUAUAAAACCUGAAAAUGUGCUCAUUUGUGUCGAUGAAUCUUAUAUUCGUAAAAUUGCUGUUGAAGCCACUGAAAUGGUGUCAGCAGGGAUGAAACUUCCAACUUCUUUGAUAAGCACUGCACCGGAAGAGUUCCAGCCUCAAGUGCCAACCGGUAAACUUAGCAAGACGAUGAAAAAGAAACUUAAGAAGAAAGCAAAACUUCAAAAUGAACUCAUAAGAAUGCAGAUGGAACAUUUACAACAGACAGUGGAGAGCGAGAACAAAGGUACAAAAGAAGAUGAGAAUGAAGCUGGUGGUGAUGCACCAAUUGAUCUCAGCGCAACUGCAACAAUAUCAAAUAAUGAUGAAUCUCCCACCGAUAAUGAUGAGACAUCAAGUCACAUACUUAACGGAUCAUUAAAAUCUAAUGCCUCGUCUGAAAAUGAAAAUGAUGAGAAGGAUAAAGACAAAGAAGAUAGCGAAAAGGUCGACAAAAUGACGUCCAGCAUUAAAUCAAAUGACGAAUCAAACGAAGAUAAUGAAGACGUUGAUGAAAAUGUGAAAAUGAUUAACUCUGAAAGUGUCAUAGAAGAACCGAAAAUUGUUCCAGUUAUUCAGACAACACCACCACUUGAAAAUGGUACCAGCGAACAUUCAAAACGUUCUCCAAAACCAGCCACAACACCAUCAGAUCCUACAUUUGAAGUUUGUGAUUUUGAUGUGAAAAUUGCUGACUUAGGCAACGCAUGUUGGGUUGAUAAACAUUUUACUGAAGACAUUCAAACUCGUCAAUAUCGCUCUCUAGAAGUUAUUGUUGGUGCUGGUUAUGACACAUCAGCUGACAUUUGGAGUACAGCUUGCAUGGCUUUUGAAUUAGCAACCGGCGAUUACUUAUUUGAACCUCAUGCUGGUGAGAAUUAUGAUCGUGAUGAUGACCAUUUGGCGCAUAUCAUUGAGCUUCUUGGACCGAUACCCAAGGAAAUUGCACUUGCUGGUCGUUUAUCACAUGUUUUAUUCACGAAACGUGGUGAAUUACGAAACAUUACGGGAUUGAAGCCAUGGGCAUUAAUUGAAGUCUUAACUGAGAAAUACGAGUGGAGUGUUGAACGAGCUUUAGAAUUUUCAUCUUUUCUUCGACCUAUGUUGGAAUAUGACCCGGCAAAGCGAGCAACAGCAGCACAGUGUCUUGAACAUCCAUGGAUAACUGGGGAAGAAGAUAAGAGCUAAAUCACCUGAUUAAACCUGACAUUUAAUAAAAUCACAAAUAAGAAAAUGAAAACAUACAAAAACUCCGAUUCCAUCCCCCGAAAAAUUAUUUAUAUCUACUAACAUACAUCAAACCAGUUACUUGAUAUCUAAAAUUUAUUGAUUUUUUUAUUUGUGAAAGUAAGAAAAUAUUUUUGAAGAGACAAAGCAAAGACAGAAAAAUUUUCAACCAUUUUGCACCAAAUGAAAGUAAAAAAAAAUUACAAAAAGCUACAAAGAACUCUCUAUGUAAUGAAAUCUCUUUAUAAAUUGUAAGAUUCAAAUGAAGACUUCAAAACAAUUGUCUAUUCAUAAAAGAAAUUUAGUUGUCUGUCCGAAUUUCUUAUAUGGAGAGUUUUGUGCAGUUAAAAUAGGAAAACAAUUCAAAUGAUGAACAAAGGAAUGCGGCGCCCCACAUUUGGGAAAAUUACGUAUUAAAUAUGUUUAUUUCCUUUGAGUAGUUUUUGCGUGACUCUUAAACUUUUUUAAAGCGACAAGUCUUGAUACUUUCGAUAAAAAAAAUAAACAAAAACAUUUCAUCUUUGCUUAGAGCAAAUCGAAAAGAAUUUUUUAUCAUCUUAGUCGCUUUUUACCCCGUGAACUUAUUCAAUUAAAGAUUUUUCUAGCAUCAUUUUUAUAAUUAAAUAUAGUGAUUAAGUUCAUGAAUACAUAUAUCUCAUCAUGUUUUAGAAACAACAUAAAAUUACUUGAACUUACUCUUAAGAAAUUCUUAACUUAAAAACGUUUUUAGGAUGAAACUAAGAAAUUGUUUGUAAAAAUACUUAAAUGAUUCUUUUCUCUAUUUAAAGUUUCUCUCUUCAUGACUUACAUUUGAUUCUAUCUCGGUUUUGUUUAAAUUUGAUUGUGACGCAGGAAGGAAUUUAAUUUACACAAAACAUACAAUUCAAACACACGCAGAUAAAAUGAAAUAAAACGAGAAAAGAAAAUCAAAUGUGAACAUUUUGUUUCUGAAAUGAUAAAAAGAACUUCUUUAAAAUAGCUACAAGAAACUCUAACUAGGAGAUAAAUAAAAUAUGAACUAUAAAUUUCUUAUUCAUUUUUCUUGCACAUAUUUACAUGAAAUUUGAUUUAAUAAAUGAUGAUAAAAAAGAAUCCCCUGAGUAAGUCUUUGAAAGAGAAAGAAGAGGAAAAACAUUCAUUGACGGCACCAGUAAACGUGAAAAAGAAAAGAUAAUGAUGAGAAGAAGAAAAAAUUGUUUCCUUUUUCGCCAAAAUAACAGAAUGUCUUGUAGUUUGACUCUGAGAAAAUCAUUACAAUGAUAAUAAAAGAAUUGAAUAAAAUUAUCUUAAAAAGUAUUUGAUAAUUGAGUUUUCCACAAAUGAGAUUUUCCAUACAAAAAAUGUUCUUUUUUAACUCUUACUCUUUUUAUCAUGUGGUUUAAAUUAUGCUGUUUAUGUCACUCGUAACUCAAAAGUUGUAAGCAGCAGCAGAAGUAGUGAAUAAAAUAAAUAAAACGGAAAACUUGUAUGAAAAAUUGCCCUGUAGAGAAAAUUUUGUGAUUUGUACGACAGUGACAGAACUGGUUUACUGCUGUAAAAUAUCAUCUAUCAUUUUCUUUUGAGAAUUAUAUUAUUGAAAUAGAAACAUUUUGAAAACUUGUCAUUGUUGGACGACAAAUCCUUGAUCGAUUUUUGUAAAGCUUUCACAAAGCAAUGAACAGAAAAGUUUUGUCAUUUGGAACGGAAGGAAACCUUUGAUGACGAUGUUACACCAGAAAAAGAAACAUAAUAAAACAUUAUGUUAUGUAGACAUGAGAG